AAGAAAUGAACAAGACUCACUUAUUCUGGACAAUAUAUAUAUUGGCUUUCAGGAGAGGAUGCCAGGGUCUGGAUCCCAAAUGGAGAAAGUCACCUGCCUGGAGCCCUGACUCUGACACUGGAGCUCUGGAAAGGAGUUGGAUGCUCUGCAUUUCCUAUUAGCUACUUCUAAGCAACUCGCUGCUUGAUCCACCACUGCUUCGGCUCCACUCCCCAAAGCUGCACCUCCGCAUCCCUCUUUUAGAUGAAAAAGUACAUUCAAGUGAUUUCUACCAUGACCUCAACAAAUUGAUGAUGAAAAGAAGGAAAUUGUGGGAUUACUCCUUUCAGCUUCCCUGGACAAUGGAAGGAGAGCCAUUCACUUCUGCGUUGUUGCCAGCUGAGAAUAUUCCACCAGACUCUAGUAUGACCCUGGAACAGAAAACCACAUUUGUCUUUGUGAUUUUAUUGUUUAUUUUUUUAGGAAUCCUCAUUGUCCGUUGCUUCCGAAUUCUCCUAGAUCCGUACAGGAGUAUGCCGACAUCUACCUGGGCUGACGGACUUGAUGGACUUGAGAAAGGCCAGUUUGAUUAUGUGUUGGCUUAGAGACUGAAAACUCAGAAACAUUACC